AAAUAUCUCAUGAUACAUUAGUAGAUAUAUUUUAUGGUAAAAUAUGUUUCUAUUAAUUAGUUAAUCCAUGACAAAUCUACAUCAUCCUCAUAGAGCCUAUUCCUCCGUUGAUCGACAGCAUUCUGAUUUUGAUGAGGAACAGCAUAAGUUGAAUGAUGCUGAAAAUGCCUGUUUAGCCCCACUACAUCGUUAUGUGCACAUGAAUGAUUCAGAUAACACACAAAUAUUUACCUUCCUUUUACUACCACACCUUUUGUGUGGUUUAGUCGAUUAUGUUCAAACAAGGAUAUUUCAGUAUGCUGAACAUGAAUGGAUUGUAAGAUUUGAGCGGACAGAUACACAUUUAGGCUUUUUCUUAGAAUUGUUGACACGAAGAUAUGAAAGCUAUGAAAAUGCUUCAAAGACAUCAACACAAACAGCAAACUCGGCCCCUUGCAAAUCAAAGCAUAAAAUAAACAAACGUAUAACACAGUGGAAAACUGUUACAGUAGACUUUGAGUUCAUUAUAAGAAAUCGUGAUAUUUUUAGCCAAAAUGAAUGUUUUUCUAAAUUAAAUUGUACAUUUACACAGAGUGAUUUUAGACAUGGACGUAAAAAUGUUAUCGAUUUGGCAUCAUUAUCUUCAAAGCGCUUUUUAUUUGAUGACGGUAAGUGUAUCAUAGAAUUGGGAUUACGUAAUCCACGCGUGUGUAUAAAGUUACAAGCUAAUCAAGUAAAAGACCCAGCAAUACUGUCACCGCUGAAUAAAAAAGUAAACAAAUCUCGUAAUAUCAAUCCUAUAAUACUCAGACGUAUGGACAAUACUACAAUUACGUUUCCAGGGACAAUUCAUUUCGAAACCGACCAAUUUUUUUAUGCUGAUGAUUCAUGGGUGCUAACAAUUGACAUUGAACCGUAUCGUGACUCACUGCCAAAUGCAAAUCUGAAUAACGGCGAUAAUCAAAACUUGUGUGCAGAUGUAGAGUUGUGUUUAACAAAACAGAUACCACAUAAAAAUAACUGUACAUAUCAAGAAAUUGAAAAACCACUUGGAACAAAUUGGAUUCAUUUAACAUGUAAAGCAUAUUUGCCGGGUGACUGUAAUACAGGACUGAUGGAAUUUUUGAUAGGAUCGCAUGGAUGGCCAAUGAAAGCUCACUGUUGUAAAUUUGAUGAGAAAACAAAACACGAUUUAAAACAUAAACAAACAGAUCAAGGUCGGGUGGAUAAUACAAAGUGUGAUUCAAGUAAAUACUCAGUAAAGGCUAAACUACACAGUUCAGUUUCAGCCUUUCUGCUAAGCUCAGUUUCAUCAAACUUCACCUUUACCCUAGAAAUGAAAUUAUAUGAACGGUUGACUGUGGUUAAUUUUCCUCUAAAUAGUUGUGAAAAUACCAAUUUCUCAGAUAGCUGUUCGAUAACAGAUCCAUUUCAGUUACAAUGGAGACUAUUCAUGUGUACUUCGUCACGUUUAAUAAGACUUGGUCUCAUACGGGAACAGAAGAAACAUGUGAUAGACCACGAGUCACAAUAUAUGACCAGCAAUAAGUGGUCUCCAAGAAGGCAUGCCAAACACCAACAUUCAGAACAUUUCAGUAUUCCAAGUGUUUAUAUGGAUCUAGUCGGGUGUAAACUACGGAUUCAUGGAUACCAGUCAGACGCGAGUCAUCCCAAUACCAUUGAACCCGUUGGGAAAGAGAUUCUGCAACUUAUGUUUACAAAAUCAGACGUGUAUGAAGAACCAAUGCCUUAUGAAAGACGUCAGCAUAACCACACAAAAGUUGCACAGAAUAACCUUAAUGUAUUUUUAAUUGACUACUUAUCACAUAAUGUACUUAAGAGUGACGCUUUGGAAUUAUGGAGAGAUUUGUGUAAUAAUGGUAUAUUUGAUGUAAGUAUUAAAGACUCUGAACGUUUAUACAGAAAAGCAAACCAAAUCAGUAUAGGACAGAUAGCAAUGGAAAUCACACGUCAAGAAUUAACAGAUACAAAUAUGGGAUUAUUUAACCCUAAAACAGGUACGAUUAUCAUUGAGAUACACUGGAUAUAUCGACACCAAGUCUAUAUUGAUACCCUUUAUCAGACGGAUGAAAUUGGAGCACGUCAGUAUCAGCAAAUGAGAUCUGAGCUGAUGAGAAUCACGAAAGAAAGAGAUGAAUUAGAACGACAGCUUAUGGCAUUUCAACUUGGUUUUGUUCAAAUCGACUCGCAUUCCCUGGGACCCAAAAGUAUGCUGCCACUGGAGUCUGUAACUGGAAACGUUGGUCAGCCACGACGUCCUCCUUCAAAGUCAAAUGAAGACUGGUAUGACUCUAAACGUCAUGUCGAAAAAGUAGAAGCACAAUUGUUUAGCCACAGAAUGGAUAAUGUUUCUUCGGUUGGCUACAUUAGUCGAUCUACAAAGCCACAUGUUAUUUCGUCAUCCUCACCAUCAUAUUACACUUCAAGUAGAAGCAACACUAGCAAACCAUCUGAUUUAUCAUUGACUUCUCUCUUAGAAGUCAGUAAUCGUCGCAGUUCAUUUGAUUACGAGUUUUCAGAUGAACAACUGCCUGGAACUUCAAACUCUAUUCACCGACCAUGUUCAAGUCAACUACUAAGCUCUAGUACUGGAUUAUCAGAAAAGAGGAAACAAUUCCUUGGCUCAAAAAGCAACUGGAAGACAUGUGAAGCACCUAAAUAUCGCUCUGAUUUCGAUUACAGUCAAGUUUGUGGAUACAGAUAUUCAAUGCAGAAAUCACGCUCGGACAGAGAAUCAGGCCAGAAUUAUAUGGUGGGCAAUUCGAGCCCAUGUUCCAUAUCAGACUCGUCCACAUCACGUGCAUUCACUUCACGCAGUGAACAUGAAUUUUCUUUCGCGUCUAAAUGAAAGUAAUUUAUUUAUUUGGUGAAAUUACUGUAUGUCAUGGUGUUGAUCAGUACUUAUCUGGAUUAAUCCUUCAGUGACCAAUCCGGAAAAUUAAAAGUGCAACAUAUUUUACCCUGAAUUCAUGAUUUACUUUGACUCACCUGAAAAUACAAAAGCCUAAUUCAUCCAAAUUAAAGAUGAACAUUCAGUACAAAAUCUAUAUAUAUAUUAACUGGUUUCCUUAUAUAACUCACUUAUUCCACAAAAACUACUCCGUCUCACUAAUUUUCUCGGAAAAUGGUAACCAGUGAGGUUUCAUUUACAGCACUGGUUAGUAUAUUCAGCUUAGUGAAGUACUAUUUCACAUGAAUAUUUGACUUCUGAACGAGGAACUGUGCUUGCUUUCUUGAUAACUGAAAGCCGAAUCAAUCCAAAAAUAAAAGGAAUACAUUUUGAGCUACAGUGCUAUCAGCGAUUUGUACUACCUACAUUUUGUUGGAAAUCAUAUUCAAGCUUAAUAUUGGGUCUUUCAAGUAUGCAGUGAAUGAUUUGGCACUCAGUAAUCUUUUUGAAAUGAUAAAGCUGACAGACAUCAGUAAAGAAAUCAACCGACUGAUUGUAAGAACAACAAUUUGUUGCAUUAUGUUAUCGAUACUAGAAUAAUUCAUUUUAAUUCGAAUUAACUUGGAGCGCAUUCUUUUUCAAGUCAUCCAGCAAUCAGUUCCACCUUGCCGACAUCUUUUUGAGUUUUCAUGUAGCAGAAUAAUUUAGCUCAUACCAUAUUCAACCAGCUGCCAUCGGAUCACAAACCAUGAAUGCAUUCCCUGCUGAAAACUGAAAAUUAUUUGGAAUUAAGACCUAAAACGAAACGGUCAGUACAUUUACUAGGUCUCUAAGUAAAGCGAAGGAGCAACUGACGAUCUCUUCAAGCUAAAGUGAUGCAAUCUAACCAAUGGGUACACAUAACUAGACUGCACAAUCUGUUCAAACUACAUCAGCAGAAUUUACGAUCUACAUCUUAGAUACAAAAAGUACAAUUCACUAUGAUCUAAAGUGCUCAGUCACUAAUUUGGAAUUAUCAGAUUCACAUAUACCGAGAUACUGUAUGAAUGCUUAUUCGAAUAUAAGAACGGUAUUAGUAUCAGCAUCAAAGACUAAACUGAGAUAUCUGUCCUUGGAUGUAAAACUGUUAUUUACCAGUGUCUCUCCGAUAGAACCAGUCCAUUACAUAAAUAAGCAGAAAAGUGGAAAAGUAUUAGUUGUUGGGAUACCAGUGGAUAUACUCAGUGAAUUGCCGCUUCUCUUUACGGUGAACGUUUAUUUGAAGUUAGCAGAAAACUGUGCACACAAAUAAAUAUAUGAGGUUGUUUUGGCUGGCAAUCGGGGGUUAUACAAUAAGACAUUUUCCUAGCUAAGCGGGAAAACGAUCAUCUAAAACACUUUAUGCAAUAUUUGCGUUUUGCUGUUGACAUACAUAAAACAUGUUUCAUUCCUGAGAAUAAAUAAAUCAGCAUAUAUAUAUUAUUCAAUUCUACUAGACCUAACUCAUGAGCAGUUUCUACAAAAUAUAGUAACCGUUUUGAAUGUUUUUACAUCCAGACGAAAAGAGAUCAAUAAGGAGGAAUUUCUGUAAGCAACUUUUAUGGACAGAAUAAAAUGCACUUUUUUGUAGUUCCAUUUCCCGUCACUUCACAGAAAUUCUUGAAAAAAUACUUAAUUACAGAGUACGAGAAUUAUGUCUGGAGGAUAAGGUUAGGACAGAAUAUAAAACCCCAUAUAACCCCUUAUGGAAAAUAACGAUCAAAGUCAAUUCCCGAAGAAGCAUCCGAAUACAAAAGUAGAAACUAAAUGUGUACCUACCGUAAGCUAUGAACCAAUUUACAUACGAAUACAAUUCAAAUAAGGGUCCAAGGACACUCAUCCCAAAACUUUGGAAGUAACCAUAUGGAACUUUUAUUACCGGAAGAUUUGAGCUUGCGUGUCCGACGUACCUAAUUAUGAUACCGUAAAACUGAAAGAAUAACUGUCUACACUGCUUACUUUUUACAGUGUGCAUUAAUUAAAAUGUUUCUCCGGAACCAUUCUUUUCUGCUUUUGUUUCAGUUUUCCAAUUAUGUGUGAACCGGAACAUCUCCCAAUAAGGAUUUGUAAGGUAUAUUUAAGAACAACAAAGUAGCAUUUUAGUGUAGAUGGAUUAUAAAAAAAUAACUCAGAAAUUUUCGUGUAUCCAGCUUUGAACUUUUCUUGUUUUUAGCAUUAUAAUUUUUCUGUUUUACCUUCAUACUUUUGUACAGUUUGGCGAAUUUGUAUUACCUGUAAAAUUAGCAUAAUGCAGAGAAAAUGUAAGUCAUUGAGCU